UCGGGUUGUAGCUGGAGCGGCGGCCCGGGUCGGGCGGGUAAGUAACAGAUGCGGGUGAGAGAGCCAUCCAGUGAUUUACCUGAGAAAGGCAAAAGAAGUAAAAGGCCUAACGUACCUCACGAUGAAGACUCUUCAGAUGACAUUGCUGGAGGUUUGACUUGCCAACAUGUGAGUCAAGCUGUCAGUGUGAAUCAUGUAAAGAAAGCAGUAGCUGAGAAUCUGUGGUCAGUUUGUUCAGAGUGUUUAAAAGAAACAAGAUUCUAUGAUGGACAGCCAGUACUUCUUUCUGAUAUUUGGUUGUGCCUCAAGUGUGGUUUUCAGGGAUGUGGUAAAAACUCAGAAAGUCAGCAUUCACUGAAGCACUUCAAGAGUUCAAGAACAGAGCCCCAUUGUAUUGUAAUUAGUCCGAGCACAUGGAUUAUACGGUGUUAUGAGUGUGAUCAAAAAUUAUCAACGCAUUGUAAUAAGAAGGUUUUGUCUCAGAUAGUUGAUUUUCUCCAGAAACAUGUUUCUAAAACACAAACAAGUACAUUUUCUAGAAUCAUAAAACUUUGUGAAGAAAAAUGUGAAACAGGUGAAAUAAAGAAAGGAAGAAAAGAUAGCAGUGUAACAUCUGUGAAAGGAAUUACAAAUUUAGGAAAUACGUGCUUUUUUAAUGCAGUCAUGCAGAACUUGGCACAGACUUACAUUCUUACUGAACUGAUGAAUGAGAUCAAAGAAAAUGGUACAAAAUUAAAAAUCUUUCCUUCUUCAGACUCUCAGCUGGAUCCAUUAAUGGUGGAACUUCCAAGCCCUGGGCCACUGACCUCAGCCUUGUUCGUGUUUCUUCACAGCAUGAAGGAGACUGAAAGAGGACCACUUUCUCCUAAAGUUCUUUUUAAUCAGCUUUGUCAUAAGGCCCCUCGAUUUAAAGGUUUACAACAGCAAGACAGCCAAGAGCUUCUUCAUUAUCUACUGGAUGCAGUGAGGAUAGAAGAAACAAAGAGAAUACAAGCCAGCAUUCUAAAAGCAUUUAACAAUCCAACUACUAAAACUGCUGAUGAUGAAACGAGAAAAAAAGUCAAAGCGUAUGGAAAAGAAGGUGUGAAAAUGAACUUCAUAGAUCGAAUAUUUAUUGGUGAAUUAACUAGCACAGUCAUGUGUGAAGAAUGUGCAAAUAUCUCCAUGGUGAAAGAUCCUUUCAUUGAUAUUUCACUGCCUAUAAUAGAAGAAAGGGUUUCAAAACCUGUACUUGUGGGAAGAAUGAGUAAAUAUAGAAGUUCACAGGAGACAGAUCACGGUCACUACAGUGGCACUGUUACUGUAGAAAAUACUCAUCAUCAACGCAAAGCCACCAAGAAGCAUUCUUCAUCUAAAGAUAAGAAUCAACUAAUUCGUGACAGAAAACAUGUAAGAAAAUUGUCAUCGGGAGAAGAGAAAACUGUUGUCAUAUAUCCGAAAAAUGAAAACCUUGAAAUGAAUGGAGAUUCUUCAGUGUCUUUUGCAAGCAUCAUGAAUAUUGAGUCAACUCUGAAUGAAAGCCCUACUGACGGCAGUGAAAAAGAAGCCAGCCGUUCUGAAAGUAGUGUUGAUGCUGACAGUGAGGCCUCAGAAUCUGAAAGUGCUUCAAACCAGACUGUGUUGUUUAGACCCAGUAAUGUGUCCUGUGUAUGCAGAGAUGGACCCAUUCACCACCCAUCAGCAAGUGAACUGCCAUACACCAAGGAGACUGACAGUGGUGAUGAGGGAGUGGCUGAUGCUAUUUCUCAACUUCAUUUGAGCAGCACUAUAACUGGAGGUAGAGAUCUUGACAGAGAAAAUCAGCCACUAAAUAUUCCAAAUAAUUUGUGUUUUUCAGAGGAGAAGCGUAUGAUAUCUCACAGCCCCCAAAAUGCUUUUCAGACUCUCUCUCAGAGCUAUGUAACUACUUCUAAAGAAUGUUCAGUUCAGUCUUGUCUCUACCAGUUUACAUCUAUGGAAUUACUCAUGGGGAAUAACAAGCUUCUUUGUGAGAAUUGUACUGAAAAGAAACAGAAAUACCAAAAGGAAACCAGUUCUGCAGAAAAGAAAGCAGAAGGGGUUUAUACUAAUGCCAGGAAGCAAUUGCUCAUUUCUGCUGUUCCAGCUAUCCUAAUUCUCCAUCUUAAAAGAUUCCAUCAGGCUGGCUUGAGUCUUCGAAAAGUAAACAGACAUGUAGAUUUUCCACUCAUGCUUGAUUUAGCACCAUUCUGUUCUGCUACUUGUAAGAAUGUAAGUAUGGGAGAUAAAGUUCUUUAUGGUCUCUAUGGAGUAGUGGAACAUAGUGGCUCGAUGAGAGGAGGCCACUACACUGCUUAUGUGAAAGUGAGAACACCUUCCAAGACCUUAUUGGAACAUAUCACUGGAAAGAAAAAUGUACCUGGUUUGAAAGAAUCUGAGAGUGAAUCGGCAGGACAGUGGGUCCAUAUUAGUGACACUUACGUGCAGAAUAAAACCAGAGUUUACAGUAGUGCAGGAAACCCCUUUAUGGCCCGUUGUUACAAGGAUUUAUAAAUGAUGCUGGCUAAAUCAAAUCAUCCCUUAAAACAGCGUUUCCCAAAUGUAAGUCACAUACCACCUUCCUGAUUUCAUAGCUGUGUGUGUGUUAUAUAUAUAUAUGUGUGUGUAUAUAUAUAUAAUUAUAUGUGUAUGUAUCCUUUGCUAUUGUUUACUUAUGUUUUUUUGUUGUUACUCUUUUUGUGGCAAAAAUAUAUAUAACAAAACGUUUACUUAUUUUUUUAACCUUAUUUUUUAGCCUCACUUUUUUUAACCUUAGCCUUCCUCGUUUUGAGCAAUAAUGUUCCAUAUUUUAUGUGUUAGUUAUAUUUUUUUCUAACAAACAGUAAAUAUGUAACUUCAUUCAUGUACCACUUAAAAUCAUCUCAGGGAUAUCCAGGGGUAUAUGGUACUGCUGUUUGGGAAGCACUGCCAUAACAUAUAAUUACAUGAAGUAAUGCCUAAUAUGACAUGGUUACCUUACCAUAUUUUGUAUGAUUCAGCCAUAUAAAAAGAUACCAUUGUAAUUUCAGUAUUACAGCUUUAAAAUCAAUAUAUUGAUUAGCUUAUUGCUUAUUGAUACUGCUUAUUGAUACCUAAGCUUUUAGCUUAUGAGAGCUAGAAAAAUACUGAAAUAAUUUUAUCAGCAUAUCACUUGCAAUUAGCCUGUUCUUAAUAGAGUUAAGGGUAAUUUGCAAGUAGUUAGCCAAAGUCAAAAUAUAAUUAUAGAUUAUUGUAACAAGCAGAGUUGAUAAAUAGAAGUUGCUUAUCCAUAUGGGACCAUAUAGUACCUUUGAAAUAUAAUCACCAAAUUAUAUUUGUAAAUGAUAAGAGAAUUAUAUUCUUAUUAUACUUAACAGGGAAAUAUAUUUUGUAGUUCUGUGUAUUUCAGUAAAUAUUAAACAUGAUUUUGGGGUUUUAGAUGACUUUUUGUCUUCAGCAAGCAUCAGUGGUAAGUUUAAGUGGAUUUAGCUUUUAUUUAAAUGGGCAUAAAGUUAGCAUGUCUGAUUUUCUUUUUAAAUAUUAAAUAAUACUGAAAUAUAAUAGUUUCCCCCUAGGAUACAAAUGACUAAGCUGUCAAAACUUAGCAGGAAAGGUAUUACUAUUAUUUAGGCUUAAAUUUCAAAAAAUAAUGGCUACUUCAGUGUCACAUUAUUGAAUCAAAACACAUAAUUGCAUGGUUUAAGCAUCCUAAUCAUUAAUACCAACGAGUGAUACUACAGGCAAGUGCUGGGUAAAUGCCUAAUCCCAGCUCAUUUUCUUCUUGGGAAUGUAAGAAUAGUAGCUGUAGUUAACCAGGGCUGCCUUUUGACAUAUGGAUGAAUGGUGAUUAGUGUUAAAGAUGGUAAUAGUAUACAAAAUGCAGAGCUUAAAAAUGCACACUGCACAAAUUCUGUUUUUAAGCUCUCAGAAUAUUAAUAGUAUUGUUUUUCUUGAUUUUUUUUAAUUUUUUUUUUAUUGUACUUCAGGUGAAGGCUUACAGAAAUAGUUUCUCAUGAAACAGUAGUACACAUGUUGUUU